CACCCAGCAGCUGCUUGCUUAAUUUUUGUCUACCUGGUUAUUGUUUAAAUGAGUAAAUUUUGACUUAAUUAAGCCUAUACCGCCGUGCAAUUAUGAACGGUGCUAAAGCUAUAAAAAAAAACCAGCUGACUGUUAUUUUAACCCUGAAUCGACUGGCACACAUUGCCUAGCCAAACAAUAACAAAGAACGGUGCGCUGACUAAGCGGCGAAAGUGGUUGCAGCAAAGUCCAAUUACUAUCACUCGCCCUUUCCCAUUGGACACCAUGGACACCAGUGCCGUAGUGCCCCAGGCGGACGGGCGCCCCAUGCCGCCCGAGGAGCUGGCCAUGCAGCAGCUCACCAAACAAUUGUUCAAAUCCCGGCUCUUCCGUGGACACUACCUGGAGCGCUGCUUUGUGGAGCAGGUGGGAGGCUACAGAGACGUGGUGGUGCUGCAGCGCAGCGAGCGCGAGCUGGAGAAGCUGCUGCACUCUAGCGCCGGCCAGCUGCAGAGGUUCUACCAGCGCUUCGUGCCCAACAUGUGGGUGGGCAUCACAAGCGGAAGUUGUGGCAGCUACAAACACACGCCGGAUCCGGGUCAACUGGAGACCUGCAUCUGGACGGAGAUUAGCGACCUGGCUUUUGGGGAGUACUGGUUCAGCAUCAAGACACUGCGCUUCAGGGACCAGGAGGUCCAGCUGAAACUAAAAAUGGUGCGGCCCGUUGAGCCCGAACCACUAAUGACACCGCGGAGAUCUGUUGUGCUCAAUAGGAGAAACCCCUCCAAUGCGAUCACAGCGGGGGAAGAGUCCUCCAAGGAAGACGAGGUGGCGGAGAAAAUUCAGCUUGGUCUCAACGACUUUUUGGCUGUGCUGCAACAGUGGGGCGAUGGAGUCAAACAGACCGUGUACGAUUUCAUGGCCAACGAUGUCAACAAGAGGAACAUACUGGGCACCAUUCGGUUUCUGGGGCUGCUCAUCUUAUCUGCCCUGGGUGGAGCAGCGCUGGCCCUACGAUUCCUUGGCGUUUUCGCUGUUCGCUUCCUGUUCGAGCUGAGCCGCUUCACCCACACCGCCACUCCCAUUGUGUUCAAGCUGAUCGAGUUUCUGAACAAGAUUGUUGGGGCUUUCUUCAUACUCUUGGCCAUGAUAUGGAAAGACAUUGUACAUCGUGGCCGGCCGGUACCGAUGCAGCAGCUGGAGGCGAGCAGCCGCUUUAAGAGCAUAGAAUAUGAACGUUCCGAGCCGCAUCGUCGAAGUCCGCGCUGGUGACCCGCAGUUAGAGGCAAUUGUGUCUAGCAAAAUGUGUGUAACUUAGUCCAGGGUGAAAGGGCAACGAUAAAUUAUUAAAAUUGUGUUACUAGCCGUAAGCCAAUCGAAGCCAAUUUCUAUCCCCGCUUCGAGUUUGAAGGUAUUUGCGCCGCAAAUACAUGGGGCAACUAUGAGAUUUCCAGAUUUUAGCCAAAUGCAAUAUUGUAAAUUAUUUGAUUGGCCUGCCACUGGCACGCAAUCGCAUGCUUAUUAACUCCCACUGUUAAUUCAAUGUGCAUUGUCCAAAAAUUUGUUAUUUGUCUAAUCCGUUUAGUGUUAGGUCCUGUAAUUUAUGUGUCGAAAAUUAUUUUGAAUAAAUUGAAUGCAAUAUGCGAAAAUCGAAAUAAAA